GCCGGACGCGCUGGCGGGCUGCUGUAGUCUCGUUGCCGUGGUGACGCGGGAGCGCCUGGACUGGCAGGCGGUCACUUAGCGAAGGGUUAUCCAUUGUUUAAGGAACUUUAAAAAUGGCAGAAGCAGUCUUCCAUGCCCCAAAAAGGAAAAGAAGAGUUUAUGAGAGUUAUGAAUCACCGUUCCCCAUCCCUUUCUGUCAGGAGGUUAUGCUUCAAAGAGAUUUCAAAGUAUACCGUGCUGAAAUUAUCAACAAUAAUGUAAUUGUAAGGAAUGCAGAGGCUAUUAAACAGUUGUAUGGUAAGGGUUAUUUUGGAAAAGGCAUUCUAUCAAGAAGUAGACCAGACUUUAGUAUUUCAGAUCCUGAACUGGUUGCCAAAUGGAAAGAUACUAUGCUGGGCAUGCCUAUACUUACAUCAAAGAGGUACCAGCGUGGUGUAACAUGGGCUGCAAAUCUCAUGCAAAGACAAGGGCAGGAGGAAAGUUCAGUCCAUAAAAUUCUUGAGGAUUAUACAAAGCCACUCGAAUUUCCUUUUGUGAAAAAGAAUAAAGAUCAACAACACAAUGAAUUUAACCAUAAGUUAGAUCUGGAAAUAGAAAGAGUAGAACACAAGGCACAACUUAUAGUCCCAAAUGGAGAUUCUGUGAAGCCAGAUAUAGAACAUCAGAACAAAAGCUCAAACUCAGAGAACAUGGGCUCAAAGGAGUGUUCUGUAAAUGACCCAUUAAUUAAACAUGGUUCUGAUGAACAGAAGGCAAGGGACAACGAAACUUUUGGUCAAACACAUUAUCUCACACAUGGAGAUUUUGUCACACUUGACUGUCCGCCUGAAGAUGGUGUUCAACAGAAGCAUCUAGUGACUGCUGCAGGUGGAGAAUGUGAACAUGAGUAUGUGCUUGUUCAAGAAACAACAGAUUGUUUAGAUGGUGAAGAGAAAACAAUAGAUGAGAAAGUGGUCAAAGGAGAAAAGCUAGUGUGCAGAAGAAAUCCAUAUAGAAUCUUUGAAUACUUACAACUCAGCCUGGAAGAGGCAUUUUUCUUGGUCUAUGCUUUGGGGUGUUUAAAUAUCUACUAUGAGGAGGAGCCUUUAACAAUAUUGAAACUCUGGGAAGCUUUUCAUCUAGUUCAGCCCACGUUCAGGACAACAUAUAUGGCGUACCACUACUUCCGAAGUAAGGGAUGGGUGCCCAAAGUGGGACUCAAGUAUGGAACAGAUUUCCUGCUGUACCGAAAAGGCCCGUCUUUUUACCAUGCAAGUUAUUCUGUCAUUAUUGAGUUGGUUAAUGAAAGUUUUGAAGGAUCACUUCGAAGACCUUUCAGCUGGAAAUCAUUGGCUGGAUUAAACAGAAUUACGGCUAAUGUCUCCAAGGAGCUUAUGUUAUGCUAUUUGAUUAGACCAUCUAAUAUGACUGACAAAGAAAUGGAAUCACCUGAAUGUCUUAAAAGAAUGAAAGUUCAGGAAGUAAUCCUAAGUCGUUGGGUUUCUUCCCGAGAGCGUAGCGACCAAGAGGAAAUUUAACACACAAGCCAAAAAUCCAAAUUCUUAAUUCUCACUAACAAAUAUUGAAGGAAAAGCGUGGCACAGAGAGGAGAUUUUUGGAAUGUUGCAAGGCUAGAAGGGCAGCAGUGACCAUUGGAAGGAGCAACAGAGCCUUGUGGGAAAUAGAACAUCAGUGGGAGACUUUUACCUCACCUCAGGAUUCAUUAUCUGGAUACCUGAGGCUUUCCCGAUCUUUCUCUUGGUGCCUGAAGACCUGAAAGUGUUCCUGAUUUCUACACAACAAUCAACAAAGAGGCUGACUAGACAUCAACAGCAGCUUGGGGGGGGUUUGACCCAGAAGGCUUGCUGAGACAGCCUGAAGACCUUACCGACCUGUGCCUUCCAAAGAGACACACUUGCAACCUGUCUGUAGAUGGAGAUUAGCUGACAGAUUAGUGGAAGGAAGAAGGUUUGAAGCCAAAGAGACUCCAAAUGGCCUGUGUGUUAGAUAGGACUUCCUGAUCUCGUUAUCCUAACCCUGCCUUGAACCUGUUACAAUAAACCACCCCUUUUAGAGAUA